AUGUCAAAAGAUUUAUCAGUUGAUGUGUCACCUGAAAGCCUUAAAGAAGAUGGCAGACCAAAGUGGGACAAUAAGUUCCAGUACAUUUUAAGCUGUAUCGGAUUUGCUGUCGGUUUGGGGAAUGUGUGGCGAUUUCCAUACUUGUGUCAGAUACAUGGAGGCGGAGCGUUCUUGAUCCCAUACUUCAUUGCUCUUAUCUUCGAAGGAAUCCCACUGUUACACCUCGAACUUGCCCUAGGACAGCGCCUGAGGAGAGGCAGCAUUGGUGCCUGGAAUACCAUCUCGCCUUACCUUGGAGGAGUCGGAGUUGGCUCAUGGAUGGUGUCAGUUCUGGUGAGCUUGUACUACAACACUGUUUUAACCUGGGUGAUGUGGUAUUUCAUAAACUCCUUCCAAGAGCCCCUUCCUUGGAGUGUUUGUCCUCUAAAUGAGAACAGAACAGGACUCAGUGAAGAAUGUUAUGAAAGUACCGCAGUAAAUUAUUUUUGGUACAGGAAAACUUUGAAUAUAACACCUGAUGUUACCGAGAAUGGCACACUACAGUGGUGGCUUGUUUUGUGCUUAGCAGCUUGCUGGGGAAUUGUGUAUCUCUGCACCAUCCGAGGAAUUGAAACCACAGGAAAGGCGAUUUAUGUAACAGCAAUAUUCCCAUACCUGGUCCUAACUAUAUUCCUUAUUCAUGGACUCACUCUACCAGGAGCAACUGAAGGUCUAGCUUAUCUCUUCACCCCUAAUCUGAACAUUUUGAAAAAUCCCCGUGUAUGGCUUGAUGCAGCUACCCAGAUUUUCUUCUCUCUCUCUUUGGCUUUUGGAGGGCUUAUUGCUUUCUCAAGCUACAAUCCACCAAAAAAUGACUGUGAAAAGGAUGCUGUGACGGUAGCGAUUGUGAACUGCAUGACAUCCCUCUAUGCUUCCAUCCCAGUCUUUUCUGUUUUGGGGUUUAAAGCAACCACUGGCUAUUGGGACUGCUUGGACAGGAACAUUAUCAGUAUUAUCAAUAAAUUUGAUCUUCCGGAACAAAGCAUCAUGCGACAGAACUACACAAUCUGGAUUAGGCUCUUGAAUUCGUCAUAUCCAGAAAAAAUUGCUGGACUCAAACUGAAAAGCUGUGACCUUCAAGAAUUUCUUGAUCAGAGUGUAUCAGGAACUGGCUUGGCUUUCAUUGUUUUCACUCAAGCAGUUAUUCUAAUGCCAGGCUCGCAGGCCUGGGCCAUCCUGUUCUUUAUAAUGUUGUUCAGUUUGGGCCUUUCUUCUAUGUUUGGAAAUAUCGAGGGAGUCUUCACUCCUCUUUUGGAGCUUCAAAUUAUAUCUAAAUCAACACCCAAAGAGCUUAUAACUGGUAUAAUAUGCCUAAUUUCCUUCCUUAUUGCUCUCUGUUUUACGCUGGGUUCCGGGAGUUACUGGAUUGACAUUUUUGACAGCUAUGCAGGCUCCUUGCCUCUGCUAGUCCUUGCUUUCUUUGAAGUGACUGGGAUUGCGUAUGUCUAUAACAUUAAGAGGUUCAGUAAAGAUGUGAAAUGGAUGACUGGACGACAACCAAAUCUCUAUUGGCAGAUCACAUGGAGGUUUAUUAGCCCUCUGCUCCUGCUAAUCGUCUUUGUGGCCUUUGUAGCAAUUCAGAUACAGAAGCCGCCAAGCUAUGCAGCCUGGAAUCCUAAAUACGAAGAUUUCCCUAUGAAAGAAGAGAAAGUCUAUCCACCUUGGGUACUGGCCAUCUGUAUGCUGUUAGCUGUCCUCCCUUGUAUAUUUGUACCUCUGGUAGCACUCUUUCAUCUGAUCAAGCGAAUGCUUGGAAGCAAGGACCCAAGAUCUGUGUCAUCAGAAGUGUUCUCAUGUCACAGGGCUAACAGCAACUUUUCUCAUCCAAAAAUAUAAAUACAUGUUAUAUCUACCUGUAAGUUAAAAUAAGACAGUCUUUAUGUUAGACAUGAUUAGCUGUAGUAUGGUAUCACCUAGCUAACAUGGUUUAUGCAGUUCCUAUGCUUAGAUUUAGUCACCAGUACUCUAUACAGAGCACUGCUUUGUUUCCUUUCUUCAUUUUCAACUGAUUUCACACAGCUGAGUUAACAGUUGAAUUAAUCUUGUCCCUCCUACAACCUGUACUGAAUCUUACAUAUUAAGUAUCAGCCCUGUUUCUUUAACCCUUUUCACACAUUACCAAAUUUUUAUCUCUCUAGCCACACUUUAAUACUGGAAUACUUACUAGUGCCCUCUCUUUCCCUUCACUUCUGUUCUAAAUAAAAAAUUUGUUCCUAAGGAUCAUCAACUAAAGAUUAAAACACAAACAUCCACAGUUUCAUUCAGUGACCACCUCAGAUAUUUAGAAUGGAAGCUCUUGAAGAGUAAGGACUCCUCUUGUUUACUAUACUCUAUCUAUCACUUUAUGCAGUUAAACAGUAGUUAUUUUAUGAUUGUUCUAUAUUCUCACAUACUGCAAAGAGCAAAAUAAAGCAUUAGCAAUUAAAAGAAUGUACAUUAAGUAAACCUGAAUAAUCAGAUUUGCAAAAAUAUAUUAUCUUAGCACAGACAACCCAUCCACAAGCUGUUACAGAUUUUAGAACAUAGCAUUCAGUCAUGAUUACAGAACCACAUGUAGUGAAAUUAGAGAUCAGCUACUUCAUUUUCACCUUAGCAGAAUUUAUUGUGGUGGAAAAAACUGCAGGAAUCAAUGUCCUGUGACCUCACAGGUUAGGAUGUUACAAAAGUUCAAGAAAACUCUCUGAUGUUCUGCAGAUGUACACUGCAAAAGCUGUUGAUGAUGGCACUGAAGACUUCCCCUGCCACUUUGUUCAGGAGGCAUCCCCAAAUGGCUAGCCACUAAUUGAUAGGAACUGGGGUGGUGACAGCCAUCCUCUGUUAGAAAAAGAUCUUUGACCCUAGGUUUCCCGAAGCACAAUCUCAGAUGAGGAGUAUCAUGAACUUAUUUUCCUAAUUAAACAUUUGAAUAUUUUUCCAAACUAAAAAGGUUUAUUAUGCGUAAUAAAGAUACAGCUUAAGCUGGGUGCCUCUAAGGAGGGACCCCGAACAAAGAAAACCCCAGGCAAUUAUAUAUACCUUUACAAUCUAAGUUCCCCACCCCUCAUUAGAUGGUUCGGACCAAUCAUAAUACUUAGGUCUGGGGUCUUCCUGUUCUUCGCCAAGUCCCUUCGUUGUCUUUAGGCUGGCUGUUUCUUUCCUUACCUUUCCGGCUUGCACUGGCUCUGGGCCCUCUUUUACUGAACUAGGUGAAAGUUCAUAAUAUCUGAGUGUGGCCUAAGACUUCAGCAAAUUUAGCUACUAAAGCUAAGCAAGUGCUAAGCGAUUAACUCUAGACAGCCCCAGUCUAAUGUUCUUUAAUGCCUCUUCACCUGGAGGAGUAGUUUCCAGAUGUGGUAUGAUGAUCCUGCGCAGUUGGUACAAGCUACUGCCCCAGAGCUUCAAACACAGCCUCUGCAUCUGAAAGUCUGAUGUGUGUUGCUAAUUAUCCUGGUCUGUCAGAUAUUGCAGUGCUAGCGCUCUGCUCUCAUCUUUCUGAAAGUCCCAUCAGCUGUGGGGAGCUGCUCUUCACUACAGCCCAUGGCAGGGACCUGUUCCGUAAAGAGGUCCUCUCGCUAUCUGCUCUGCUGCUUCUCUCCACAAAAAGCAGCAACUCAUUACUGAUCCUCAAGUACUGUGGAAACAGGCUUAGCUCUACCGCCUUUGCCACAGCCUGAGGGGUUACACCAAUGGAGGAUCCAAGUUAGAGGGCCAUGUGGGGGCAUGACACAGACAAACAGAACAGGAGGAUGUAAGACGGGGGACAGGGCCAUUUCUGAAAUGAAAACAACAGUGAAGGAGAGCUUUUGCAAAUACUCUUCACCAGUGUUUGCUGGCAUGGGUGUUGACUGCUCAUAUUAUUGGUGAGGGGAGACAAUGGCAAACUGCAGAGCCUAAUAGAGAAGGCCAUGUGGGGAACCGAAGGCUUGUGAGACAGCUUUUUCUCUGACAUAAUAUUAAACCACUGUGAGUGGAGGCAGACCCUCUGGGAAAGACAACAUUUUAAAUCAAAACACCUUCACUUAACCACACCAACUUUCACUGAACAUGCCAGGAGAUUGAUGACAACUGCUUCAGCCCACUCACUCAUUUCAGUUACUGCUAAAAGAACAAAGUGCUACCGUAAGCACAGCCUCUCUUUAGUGAGAAAGGUGUGCAGAAACAGGAAAUAAUGACUUGCUCUAAUAAAACAGUAGAAAAGAACAGACAACCUUUGUAUGCAUGGCAUUGACUCUUUCCUGCCCCCUGAACUGUGUUGUCCAGUCUAAUAAGAGAAAUUAGAUUGCUCUAUUAUUCUUUUUCCUGGUUGCAUCAACAACAGUUUUACUGCCUUUGGCUGCUGAAGUCCUAGCUCUUGUUAUAAUACUAAAAUACAAGCAUAAAUGCAAGAGGACCUAUUUUUAAAAUACUUCUGAAACCUGCUGAUUGUUUUAGUAGGGUUAA